CUAAUGUGGAUAAGUCUGCCUUAGUCAUGAGAGAACCAAGAAGGAGAGAAAGGGAGUCAGAGAGAGAACAACAAAGUGUGAAGAAGGGGCAGACUGACAACUCAUGGGGCCCUGGGCAAUAGGGGAUCAUGGGGCCCCUGUGUCCUUGCCCAAACUCAAAAAAGCCUAUGAAAAAGGUACCAGGGGCAUCUCAUGGGGCCCCCUACUGACCCCGGGACCUCGGGCAGUGCCCAAGUUUCCAAAUGGUCAGUCCGCCCCUGUU